CGGCUCUGCCGGAUCACGACCAACGGCAGAACGAGGACUCGAUUUCGGUCCACCAAAUCGCUCUAGCUUGGCUGUAGAUUGACCCCAGGAAUGAUUACGAUUGGUGGUUUGGGGAAUGGAGGCCCCGCAAAUGUCAUGUUGCCCUUUUGCGGCAGAGGUCUGUCUUCAAUUCGGGAGCAGCCAGGCAGCCGAAAAUGUUAUAGAGCUCUGCCGUAGCUAAGUACACAGGCAAGUCAGCAUUCAUACAUAAGCUAUGUGAUCGCCAUCGUCUUAACAGCCAUCACCUCCCCAACUUCCUCUCGACUAACACGAUAUCCUCUGGCUCCGAGUCUAUCCUUCUUUUCCUACCCAUAUACAUAAUACACCAUCAUCAUGCCUACUGAGAAGUACGACAUCGUGAUCGUAGGAGCUGGCCCUGUCGGUCUCCUACUAUCGACCUGCCUUGCAAGAUGGGGUUACAAGAUCAAGCACAUCGACAUGCGACCCGAGCCCACAGUCACCGGAAGAGCAGACGGAAUCCAACCACGAUCACUCGACCUCCUCCGAAACAUGGGUCUUAAGCGCGCUAUCAUGGCUCACGAGCCUGCCAAAGUUUACGAAGUCGCCUUCUGGGACCCUUCAGAGCAAAGCAAAGGCAUCCACCGCACUGGCACGUGGGCAUCGUGUCCUAGCUUCCUCGAUGCUCGCUACCCUUUCACCACUCUGCUUCAUCAAGGUCUGAUUGAGCGCGUUUUCAUUGCCGACAUGGAGAAGUAUAACGUUCAGGUUCAAAGACCUUGGAGAAUCACCGGUUUCAAGAAUGAUGGCCUGGACAAGGAAUACCCGGUCGAGGUCAACAUUGGACACGUCGAUGGUGACGAGAAAGAGACGGUCAGAGCCAAGUACCUGUUCAGUGGCGAGGGAGCUCGCAGCUUUAUCCGCGAGCAGCUUGGUGUCGGCAUCACACACAAGGACCCCAUCACACAUGUUUGGGGUGUCAUGGACGGUGUCGUCCGUACCAACUUCCCCGAUAUCAAGAUGAAGUGCACAAUUCACUCCGAUGCUGGCUCAAUCAUGGUCAUUCCUCGCGAGGAUAACAUGGUUCGUCUGUACAUCCAGAUCGCUUCCUCAACAGACAAAGACUGGAAUCCCCGCAAGCAAGCAACAACGGAAGAGGUCCAGGAGGCAGCCAAGAAGAUCAUGAAGCCUUAUGAGAUCGAAUGGGACCGUGUUGAGUGGUUCUCGGUCUACCCCAUCGGACAGGGUAUCGCCGACCGCUACACUCUUGACGAGCGUGUCUUCAUGGGCGGUGACUGCUGCCACACUCACUCUCCUAAGGCUGGUCAGGGUAUGAACACGGCCUUCUUAGACGCUCAAAACUUGGCCUGGAAGAUUCACCACGUCGAGAGCGGCUUCGCAGACCGUUCUAUCCUCAAGUCUUACGAGGUGGAGCGAAAGUUGAUCGCUGAGAACCUUCUCAACUUCGAUAACCAAUACGCCAAACUGUUCUCACAACGUCAGCCCAGCGCCGGCGAGGUCAGCAAAGCAUCACAACAAACCGGCGAGAACCAGGUCGAGGACAAUGAGUUCAUCAAGAUGUUCAAGUCGUCUUGCGAGUUCACUUCAGGCUACGGUGUCGCUUAUAACCCCAACAUCUUCAACUGGUCGAAGGACCACCCCGCACAGUCUCCCCUGUUCCUCUCCAAGGAGGCCGGUACCACAACUCAACGCACUGGACGCAUUCUCACAAACGCCACUGUCACAAGAGUAGCGGAUGCCAACGUCGUCCACCUCGAGCAAGAAAUUCCCCUCAACGGCAGCUGGCGCAUCUACCUCUUCGGUGGUGAACCCAGCAAGACCAAGCGCGCCAUCUCAGACUUCGCAGCCGGCCUGUCCAGGAAGAACUCCUUCUACAGCGCCUUUGGUCACCCCAGCCUCGACCAAGUCUCCUACCACGAGAAGCACAACCCUCACAGUCUCUUCUUCACCAUCAACACCAUCUUCAACGCCAAGCGCCCUCAGAUCGAGAUCAGAUCAUUGCUUCCCGAAAUCCUGUCUCGCUACUUCGACCACGUAUAUGCUGAUGAUGUCUGGGACCAGAAGGUACCUGAUGCCAAGGCAGCCGCUCACGCAAAGAUGGGUCUGUCGCAAGAAGAGGGUGGUGUCGUUGUUGUCCGUCCUGACGGAUAUGUUGGCUGUGUUGUCAAGCUUGUCGAGGGCACUGGCACUGUCGAUGCUCUUAACAACUACUUCUCAACCUUCACAUCCAAGAAGGUCGGUGGUGCCGAGAGAGCAAGCUUGUGAAAAGAGUAUAUGUCAAGAUAUGAUGCUAUGGUCGGUUUAGUUUUUGUGCUGUUCUAGAUAUCCCCAA